UAGAUCUCUUGCAUUUAUACAAACUUCUAGCUAAGGAGCAGUUGGUGGGUGUUUUUGAAUUAUUUACAUAUGUCUAUGCGUAAUCACGAAGAGUGAGCAAACCCUAUCAGAAAAAUCAAAACAGUCUUGAAAUAUGUUUGCCCUUAACGCCAGGAAAGAAUCGGAUUGAUUUUCUGCCCCAUCUGGUUUAGUCUGUCUGCCUCAUGACAUGUUUAUUCAACAUAAUUAGAACAGGCAUACUAAACGUAAACAUAUACGAACUUAUCAUUCAUUUGGCGAUAUAUUUCCCACGGAAUAUAAAGAUUAAUGAACGCGAAUCGCCUGAUGACGAACUGCACCUAAAGGCUGUAUCCAUGCUUGGGCAUAAUGGGACAUGCAUAUCUGCUUCCAGAUGAAAUUUAAAGACAUGCGCUAGACAUUCAGUAUGUCAAUAUAAGACAUUGCAUCAAGAUUUAAAUCUACCAUUUACUGAUUGCAGAGUCCGUCGUGAUUCGCGGUUGACAGUCGUUUUUCACUGCAUAGUGUGACACUGUGGUCUGGGUUGGGUGCUGAUACUUGGGUGCUUUCAGCGUUGUUAGAAUGAACGUCAGCGGACAAAGACAAUAAAACGGUAGCGAUUGCUAGUGUCAGCUACAUUAUUUGUGUGAUGGUAGUGCAAGACGUUCUGUUUGUCUGUUUACAACUCUUAUAUCGUGUUGCAACCAUGAAUUACACCAGUAUGUUUUCAAUGAAGCACAGAAACGCGUGUGGUGCUUAAUUCAUGCUCAUGUGCAUUUAAGUUAUUGAUUAGUUUUAUACACAGCAUGGUGUUUUGUAUUGGAAGUUUUGUCCGCAAUCAAACUAUCAGAUAACAGAAACUUUUGUAUUAAGCAUUCUAAUUAAUAGAACUAUCUAGCAUAACAGAAGCGGUGGACAUAAUGUUCAAUGUAUAACAUGCCUUUUUCUUGAACAUAGAUGGCUUCAUACAAGAAGAUGUCCGUGUUACUGAUAGCAUCGUUUGUAACUCUUGUUACGUACUUGAACAGCUCUGAAGUCAUGACGUUUGACAUACUCAGUGAUUUAUCAGGCAACAUAGUCGACUUUUUCGGACAGUAUCCACCUUCAACAAUCAAUUUGUCUUACUAUCCUUCAUCCGGAAAUAUCACAACAUUUAAUGCGCGUUCGAACAUAUUAUCGGAUUUAUUGACCGGACACUGGAAAACCAGACCUUUGACAAAAAAGGAAGAUGAUGAUAUAUUGACAUUUCUUUCAAACGCAAAUGCUCGAUUCGGCGUACCAACGAACAAUCAAAGGAAUGACGGUCUCUGUGGAAAUGUUACCCACACCGGAUCUAAAGCUGCUGGGUGGAUAAGAGCCUUGUGUGAUCCUAAAGGAACAACCCCUUGCUGCUUUAAUAACAAAUGCAUUAUGAAGUCUGUGGAGGAAUGUGUGUGUCCCGACUGCUAUGACAUGAGGCAUUUGAAACAUGCGGAAUAUUCCACCUGGAUCCCUUCAGAGAGUAAAUAUGGCUACAAGGAACACAGCCCUCAAGAAGCUUGCAGCAUCCUCAGCGGAAGCACGAUUCUGUUUGUUGGGGAUUCCCUUGUUCGUCAUGUAUAUACGGCCAUGCUGCUUAUUGUGACAGGGAAUAUGAAUAGUGGAGCCAUAAGUGAAAAUGUACCAGAAAAUAUUAGAAGUGAGUGCAGUGGAAUGUAUAUGUUCACAGAAGAAGUAUGUCGACUGCAUCUGAUGUAUGGGCUGCAUGCUUGCGAUGGUACAGUUAAUCUGCAACUGAAGUACUUGUUCUCUUCGAAAUUCGGACAAAAAUUGAAACGAAAUGUAGCAAGACUAAACAGCAAGUCAUUACUUUUCACAGGAAUAGGAAUUCACGAUCAUUUUAACCACGCAGAUGUCCAAAGAAUGUUUCUGUUACCAACAUUGUACUACAAAGACAAAAAUAACAGACCUUGGCCAAAAAUACUGUGGUCGGCGAGUCAUGCUCCAGGUAUCAUGAAGUCCCCGAAAGUGUUAGCCCAGUCGUACGACAGUGUAAAACGAUACAAUGGCAACAUGGAGAGUUUCCUAAGACGGUGGAAAGUUCCUAUUUUCGAUACCUUUAACAUGACGGAUGGAAUGACGAGUUUUGAUGGUGAGCAUUAUGGACUUGGGAUGAAUAUAGCGAAAGCAAAUGUACUUCUGAGUUACCUAAAUGAAUUGAAAAUUAAAGGAUGGUGGUGAGACAUCUUGUGGGUGUUCGUUGAAACUAACCAGAACUAGGCAACAGUUCGAGAUGACAGAGUCGAGCGUUUUAUACAUAUAUUCUUUUCCUGGAGACACUUUGUCACUAGUCGACUAUAUGCAAUGGCCAGGGUCUGAUCCUGAAACAGACAUAUAUCUACUUUACAUGAUCGUGAUUUCAUCAGGUGUAUUAAGUAUUAAAUUUAGAAAAAAUAGAGUCCAGAUAUUCGUGCUUGUCAAAACUCCUUAAUCCACACAAGAUCUUUCGCCCUUCAACGGCUCUUCGGGUGUAAUGAAAACUUUAACUUACAUUGUAGUCCUAGGCGACGCAUAACAGUAGUAUUUGUGGCGUCAUAAUGUCUAUGAUGUAACGGGGACAAUAGAGGAAGAAGUAAAACGUAGUCCUAGGCGACAGCCAACGUUAUGCUUUUAAAGUCAUAGCUAGUGAUAAUAGUGGCAGGUAUGAAUACAUUAUGGCGUGAGUGCACAAAUACACAUUGAGCUACAUGGGGAAGUUUUGAAAAUUAUACUUUUGAAUUAAGUUUAGGUUUCAAAAGCCUAAUAAUGAACAUCUGUUCUGUUUCCAUUCUUAAAUGUUUGUCAUUAUUAAACAAUGUACUGAACGGAAAGACAGUAAAAUGACCACUCCCGCAUUCAUCAAUGUGUUUGCUUACAUUUAUACAACGUACAUUUUGAUCUCGAUUUUGUUGUCUGUGUACAGUGAUUCGGUCUUUUAGUUGCAUACCAGGUUAUAAUGCUAACCACAUCCCGCACAUGUUAAAACACAUAUAGCAUCUAUAUUGUGACAGUUAAUGUCGUUUUUAACAAUAAAUAGUUUAUCUUGGCAAAAUUGAAAUUAUUAUUAUUAUUCGGCAAGUUCCACAUCGAGGUGUUUUACACUUUGUUACACUGACGGUAUUUGUAUACUGAACAACAAAAGUUCCUGUGACAUUAAAUACGAUUUUAUGCAAAGUAAUGUUUUUUAACCAAAUCUGAUACAAUUUCGAUUUGCAACAGAUAAAGGCUCCUGUAAGUGUUCAAAUGGUUUAAUUUGCCAUAAUGACUUCAGAAAAUGCGUGAUUUCAUAAAAAACAUGAACAU